UCUUAUAUUGUUCAUUAUUAUCUAAAACCAAAAGCCAUGGAAGUGGAGAUAAUAUCAAGUGAAACUAUCAAACCAUCUUCUUUUCCACAAUCUCUUCAUCUAAAAUCCUUCAAACUAUCAGUUCUUGAUCAACUCUCUCCCUUCUCUUACACUUCCCUCGUCUUCUUCUACACUCUCAACAAUGAAGAAUCCAAUUAUGACACUCUCCAUUAUCUUUCCCAACCCCUCAAAACCUCCCUAUCUAAAGCUCUCUCCGACUUCUACCUUCUCGCCGGCACCAUCAAAGACAACAAACAAAUCCUCGCCGAUGGUGUUGGAGCUCUUUAUCGAGUUGCGAGAGUUCACGGUGCCAUGUCUAAGUUUUUUAACCAACCAAGCUUCGAGUCGUUGAGUCAACUCCUCCCUUUUCGAUCUGUACAGAUCAUGCCAUCGUCGACAAUGGAAGCAAUAUGUCCUCAAGUCGCCGUCCAACUCAACGCCUUCAACGGCGGCGGGGUGGCUGUGGGGGUCUGUUUUUUACACAAGAUCAUCGACGGGACAACACUGAGCGGUUUUCUAAGGCGGUGGGCCACGGUGGCCGGAGGGACAGCCGCCGAAGAGAAAGGAGGAGAGGGAGUGGCGGAAUACAAGGCGGGGGCAGAGGCGUUCCCGGGACGAGAUUCAUUAUUUCUGGGAAACUCAUGGCUUUCAAAAGGAUAUUCACCAUUUGUGGGUGAAGGAAUUAGGAUUAAGAGAAGAAGGUUCGUGUUUGAAGGUGAUGCCAUUUUGGAACUUAAAGAGGAAUUAAUGAAAUGGAAAAAUGUGACGAAUCCCACAAGUGUUGAACUGGUUACUGCUUUCAUAUGGAAGUAUAUGAUGAUAGCGGCAAGACAAAGAUCAUCGGGUUCUCAACGAACUUCUUCGGUAUUGACACAUGCAGUCGACCUACGAAGAAGAAUGGCACCACCAUUACCACCAACCUCCAUGGGAAACAUUUUCUGGAGUGCAGUUGCUCAUUACGAUUCAAUGGACGCCGAGAUAGAACUCAGCAAGCUCGUCAAUCUUCUUCGGCAAUCAUUUGCCGAGAUCGACGACAAGUUCAUACAGGAAAUGGAGGGAGAAGAAGGGUUUCAAACAAUUUCAAAAUGGUUCAUGAGGAUGCAAGAGCUUUAUUCUUCAAAGCCAUAUUCGUAUGGAUUUACAAGCUGGAGAAAUAUGGGACUAAACGAAAUCGAUUUCGGGUGGGGAAGACGACCUUCAUGGGUCAGCCUUGCAGGACCUGAAAAUUCAGUGCUGAAAAAUAUUGUUGUUUUGAAGGAAGACACAUUGGGAGAUGGGAUUGAAGCAUGGAUCAUGUUGGAUGAGGAUGAGAUGAACAUAUUGGAAAAUGAUCAACAAUUCCUUGCUUUUGCUUCUCAUAAUCCAACUAUCUAUUUAGGUUAAGUGAGUGAAAUUAUAUAUAUUCACACUCUCUACUCCAUGCCUAAAUUAAGUUUAAUUUUGAGUUGUUAGUAUAUUGUAUUAUUUGUUAAUCAGCUAGUUUUGUGUUGAUCAAGUGUAUUAGAAAAAAUUAUGUGAUAUUUAAAAUUAAAAAGAAAAAAUAGUUUUAGAGGGUAUGAUUUCUGGUGAAGUUGAACUAAAAACUUCAAAAUCACUGUACUUUUACGGAAGUUCAAGAACCCAAUAGCGAGUUUUGACCAAUUUUUUAGUUUUUAACUGAAGUCGAUCAUGAAGAAGAAGAAGAAGAAGAAGAAGAUGGAAGACAGAAUCAGCAUUCUCCCCAAUUGUCUUCUUCAUAAGAUUCUCUGCUUCUUGAACACACAACAGGUUCUACAAACUUGUGUUCUAUCGAAAAGGUGGAAGACCCUUUGGGACUAUAUUCCCGCACUCAACAUCUGUUCCAAACACCACAAGUUUAAACGUGCUUCAAGUGAGCGAGAGAGUUUGUUUAAACGCUUCAUCUUAAGAGUGUUAUCUGAACACUGCUGAACACAAAUGCAGAAGUUGAGAUACUCUGAUUUAUAAUUUGAUGGUGACAAUGUUUAUAAGUUGAGUUCUUGAUAUGCUAUGCACUUUGUCGCAAUGUUAAAGAACUUUACAUUGCCAACCUUUGUGUUGAUGAUGAUGUUUGUAACUGGAAAUACAGUUUCUCUGCAUGUAAGUCGCUCACUGUUCUGAAGAUA